AUGGCGUCUGCAUUCAUCACUUCCAAGAGCUCUGAAAGCAAAGAUAGCUUCGUUUACGGUCCCUUCAACGUAUUUGAUGCCUCUUGCAAAUUUCAGGAUGCACAUGAAUGGUCCCCGUCGGAUUGUAAGGAAGGCCAACGUGAUUAUAUCAAACCUCUAUGCAGCUACCCUCCAAGGUUCUCUAUGGGACCUGAAAGCAAGAUCCGAGAAAGGCUCACUCAAACGUCGUUUGUGGGUAUCCACAGUGAUCUCAGAGUUGAGAUUCUGCUGUUGGAUUUCUGGGAUAUUUACUUGAGCAAAAUUUUGACGGCAGUGGAUGAGACCGAGGUCAAUCCCUACAACCUGAUGUUGAGGGAGGCGCUGGACAAGCCUCAUGCAGCUGAGAUACAAAGCGCGCUUAUUCAUACAGUAUGUGCCAUGUGUUCCAGUUUCCUGUCAACCGAAGCCGGGUAUAACAUGAUCGCCCCCGAGUAUCAAGAUACCAAUUUCCACCAGUACUGGAAUUUCCAUAAGAUCAAGGGUCUUAGUUUUGUAUCCGCGUCAUAUUCAUGGAAAGAGGCUUCUUCGGGUGAAGAACUCAGUUUUUUGGUUGCAUCAAUUUACUUUCUGUUGACAACAGAUGUUUUUUACAGCUCAGAUGAGUGGCAGAUUCAUCUCAGGGGUGUGGUUGAAACUCUGAAAUCCAUCAGCCAUUGGGAUGAAAAAAGCCUUGUAUCGGUAGUGAGAGAGCCGGAUAGCGUAUCUGGUGCCUUGCUAUUCUUUGCCCAAAUGACAAAACUUGAUUAUCUGUUCAGCACACUCUAUCUAGUCAGUGACGAUGUCUGCAACAAGUAUAUGACAGUCAUGGAUCUGGAAUUCAUCAACUAUCCCGAAGAGCACAUGACUAGGUCUCUGAUGUAUCGCAAUACUGGAAUCACAUCCGGUAUGUUGAGAUGUCUGACGAACAUAGUAAAAUACUUACAGGUUGCGAACUCACCACAAGCUCGAGAACAAGCGGUUAUAGCCAUAGAACAAGAACUAAUUGACUGCGAGCCUCCAGCAUUCAAUAACAACUUGAAUUCUUUGAACUCGUUGAUAAUAUAUCAUCAGUCCGUGAUGUUUCAUACGGCUAUCAAGCUGCUUUUUAUGAGAGAGGUGAAACAGCGAGGCCCACAUGAUUUGCAAGAUCUGGUGAACUCUGGAAUUGACCACAUCGAAAUAAACGAGGAGAUUACAAAAGGUAUUACCGGUAUUGGCCUAUACUGGCCAAGUUUUGUCAUUUGUGUUGAAGCAGUGUCUUCAGAAAGUCAAGCAAGGGUCACUUCGUGGCUACAAACAAUAGAACCUCAUUGUGUGGACAGUAUGAAACGUGGAAAUCGAAUUAUCAAGAAGGUCUGGCAGAGGAGGCGAAAUGGGGACCAGAUUAGCUGGUUGAAGGUCAUACGAGAAAUUGAUCCGACACUAUUGUUGACUUGA